AUGAAGAUCCAUAAAUCCUGCAGCGAUUUUCAUCGGAUACGGGGUGCCAUUGCCAAUGGGCCAUUGGGCCAUCCCCAUAUUCCUGUGCCGAGGACCCAGUUCCUGGAGAAGGAUGGAGAGGCCGCAGACAAGUUCCGACGGAAUCACACCCGGAGCGUGAUCGAUCGCACCUUCAAAGUCCUUUGUACCAACUGUUCCCGAGAGACCUUCGGAAACCCGGAUGAGGAGGAACAAAAGAUCACCCUCAGCGAGCAGUGCGUUCAAGUGCUGAUUACCGCCUCCUUCCAGCCUCUGCUCCGGCGACAUCUUCGGGGGGAGGUGGCAAAAGAUUUCCUGAAGAUGCUGAAGGAUCAUGAAACGUUGGACUCGUGGAACUGCCGCGAUAUGAAUCUGGAACUCACCUGGACGGGGCGACACUUGGACCUCCUCCUCUCGUGCCUCAACACGGCCUCACCGAUGUGUUUGCGGAAUGAUAUGAAGCAGGCGUUUCGUGUCUUUCACCGCAUUGCCAAUGUCAUGGCUGGGGUUGGCGACACGCCUGACAUGGCAAGAACCGCAGAGGAACGAGCGGCUGAGGAGACGGUGAUGUGGAACGAAAAACUCAUGCGCCAGGAGGCCAACCUGUUGGACGACGUGGCGUACGACGAUCAGCUCCAGCAGCAGCUGAUCUUCUUCUCCUUCAGCGGCAUCGAACGGAUGGUGCACUUCUUGGAAAUGCCACCGGAAGACGGCCGUGAGAACUUAGUGGAAGAGACCCCCAGCCCGGGGAACAAGAAGAGCGAUAGGUCCGUGGCCAUCGAGCUACAGCAACAAGCCCGAAGCUACUUGGAGGAGUUGAUGGCCGAUGUCAAAGGCUCCAAUGAGGCCCUCAGGCAGCGUAGUGCCAAGUCGGCGGAGCGUGAGGAUCCAGAGACGGUGGAAAUGGGCGACGUGGAAAUCGUCCACCCAGGGGCUGUGGGGGAGCAGCUGCUGCGCGAGGUCUUCGCUCUGGAAGGUUGGCAGUCCCUCUCGGCGCCUGAGGAAGAUGUUGAGCUGCCAGAGGACCCUUCUGUGGAAAUGCAACAGGACGAGGUGGGCCAGAUGACCCGACAGACGGGGGGCAUUGCCAACCUUUUGGAGGACCUGUUUCAGCGCGGGCAGCAGAGCUUUUGGACGCCAGAGGUGUGCCCUGUGGCGCUGCCGCACGUGUCCAAGCGACUGCAAAGGACAAACAGCUUCUUUAUCCCAGGCAGCUCCCUGGUGCAGUCCUCCUUCUUCGUCAGCGCGCUGCUGCGGACCAUCUUCGCGGCCUUGACGUUGCCCUCCACGGAGUCAGUCAGCAGCCUGGUGAACCUCCGUCUGCGCAAUCCCAUCAUGCAGCUGCGUUUGAUCACCCUUUUGGAGAAAUCGGGGAGCUACUUGGACUGUCACCUCGCAGCCAAGUUGAUGCGUAUCCUGUCCAUGGUCUUGCGCCUACAUCCGGACGAGUCCAGCCUCAGACCGGAGGAGAACGAGUGGCAGCACUGCAUCGGCCUAGUCAUUGCAGCAGGGUUGGCCGGGCGAGUUUUGCAGCUCUUGGAGCCUUUGUUGAAGCAUUUGGGCCGAGGUUGUGUUUUGGGUCCAGCUGCAUAUCGCCUGUGUGACGCCAAGGUGAGUCGCAUUCAUUUCUCACAGACCCUGGAGCUUCAGAAACAUGCCCUCGAGGUGAUGGUCUUGGACCUCAUCCCCAUGCCGACGAUGAAGGCUGGGCUAUUCCCCACUAGCCCAGUGACGCUGGUGAGCCGUGAACGCCGUGGCAAGGUCAUUGUGAUGAUUUUGCUCUACGACAUGCAGGUGGCCGCCAAUGUUCAGGGCAGCAAGGAUGCGGCCUGUCGCAAUCUCCGGUGGCAGGAGCUGCAUGGCCUCUGCUCCGAGACCUUAUCGCAGCUGAUGCACCUGGCGCCGAGCAUCCGCUACGAGGCUGUGGAGUUGAUGAAUCGCCACAAGGUCUUAGGACACAAGCAGUUGCACACCUCCUUCAUCUCCGAUCUGUUGGAUCGUUCGGAGAUGCACCGCUUGGUCCGCGCCUUCGAUUUGCUUUUGCCGGAGCUCGAACACUACCAACCCAACGAGAGGGUCUUACAACUUGCCUGGGCCGAAAUGCCCGAGGAAGGUGCCAAGAGUUUCUUCUCCAUGGCUAUGGGCUUGGUGAGGACGGGUGGCGCGCGGCUGGUGGCCCUGACGACGCAUCGCUUGAUCAUCCUGGGACAGUCGCGACAUGGAGCGGCAAAAAGGCCUUGCGGUCUUUGUCCUCCGGAGAGUUUCUGUCCUAUUGGUCCAGAGAUUUUCAAGUCCUAUUCCUACGCAGAUCUCACCCGGAUCUACUCCUCCGAUGCGCAGCUUCUGAUCCUGGGGCGGACCGAGCGCAGAAACCGCGAGGUGACUGCAGAGAAGUUCGACAUGUUCAUCUUCCAUCAGGUAGAUGCACAGCGGGAGUUCAAAGAACGCUUAAUGGUCUUGAGUGGCUUGGACCCCUUGAUGCGCAUCAAACUUCACCAAGAGAUGUUGGUGAACCGUGCCGCCAAGUCGAAGACGGCGUCGCGCAUCGCGCGGACCACCUGGGGCUUUCGACAGAGCGAAGAAGGUGAAAGGCUGUCACUCUUCCUGCUCACGGAGCUGAACUUCUUCGAGUUUCAAGCGAAUUUCAGUCUGUGGAUCCCCAACUCAGUCACGGAAGAGAAAGCCUACGGCAGCGACAACGAGUACGACGGUGGGGAGAGCGACGAGGAAGCACAGGAGUUCACAAAGGCCUCGGACUUUUCCAAAGCAAUGGCGAAAGCGGCCAAAGACGCCAGAACAUCGAAAUUUAGUCAUGAGAGGCGCGAACAAGAAGAACCCAUCCUGCUGCUGCGGCAGAGCGAGCGACAAGAACGCAGAUAUCAGGAUCCGCCCAACAAAUGGCUCCUGGACGGCAUCGCCACCGAAAAGGCCGUCUCCGACACGCUCUGGAAGUAUUUGCCCGAAGCCGAGAUCCAGCAGAUCAAGAAGGAUCGAAGUCAAGGCCUGGAGCUCACAGAGCAGGAGCUCUUCGAAGUGCCUGGCGCGUCACGGGAGAAGGCGAUCUUGACGCAACUCUUCAAAUGUCCCAUCCGAAAUCUGAAGUCUGUGAGCUUUGAUCCAGGACCUAUUCCCAUCUUGCACCUGACCUUUCAACCAGACCAUGGUCGCGAAGAGCAGGUGGACAUCCGAUUUCUGGAUGACUGUGCAAGAGAGAGCUGGCGCAGAAAUUUGCAACUGGUGCUGCAAAAGACCUUUAGUGGUGGCUCUCAAUGGGGACGCGUCUACGACGAUCACAGGGAAGAUGCUGCCCGCCACGCUGUGAAGACCAACCGUGCGGCAAAGUUCUUCGCACAUGACUGA